CCAGGAAGCCUCUCUUCCCGAGAGUCGCUGCAUGAGCACAGUGUGUCUGUCUAUUUACACCCCGGAGAGAGAUCAGCAGAGAUCAUUCCCAAGUCAUCUGCCGAUUGCCAGCAAAAUGGACAGAGUUUAACUUUGAUUUCCUUCAGAUAGUGGUGAUCCUUGCUUUAUAAUUUUUUUUUUUUUUUUUUGAAGAGUUGGUCACUUUGCCUGUGCCUUCCUUUUAGGACCACCCUGGAAUUUUGUCUCCAACGCUAAUCUGAUGUAAGCGUAUUCCUCUAAGACUGUAAUUUGAGCUCGAUAAACUUAUUUUGGAUUCUAAUUGCAAGUAUAUAAUACAGGACUAAAUGGCAGCUUUUGAAAUGGCAAAUGAGCCUAAUUUAACAAGUCAGAAGAGUUGACAUGGAAAUGUAUUUUCUUAUUUAAACAACAAAGCAGUAGCUUUGUACAUCAAAAAUCUUUUUUCUCCCGACCCCCCCAAAGAAAUUCUCAAAUGGCCUUGCAAGGCUUUGAAUUCAGCCAUUCUUGUUUUUGCAGAAAUGUGAUCAGCAGUUCACCAAAUGGUCGCCGUAUGAAGUGUUAUCAAAGAGAAGAUCUUCUCUCUCUUAGUUUAUAAAUACCUUAAUUCCUGAUUACUUAAUUUUCUUGCCUAAAAACUCCUACAGAGAAUAAUUAGGAUUGUUGUUCCAAACCGCCUAACUGCAUCCUACUGAGUGCCUCAACAAAAUUCCCCUGGUGUUGCAGUAGAUAGAAGUCCAGAAUUAACCCAUUGACAGUUUUAUCAGCUAUGCCCUCAAGUCUACCCGGACUGGAAGUCAUCCAAGAAUUUCAUCUUCUCUAUUAGAAGGAAUUAAAGUGUCAACGUCUACCAAAGUGUCAUCUACAUGGUGUCUUGUUAGUGCUCGCCGUACACUUUGAGAUGCACCAUGACCAUCCCUGAAUUAAGCUCUUUUGCAUCUAGUCGUCAUUGAACAAAGUUGUUUGUUGCCUUUCUAGACGCUGAACUCCAGUGACGGGUGCUGUUGUUGCUACAAGUUAAUUGACCAAUCCAUUGAGUCAGUCCAGCAAGCCAUCAUAUGCUUGUUUGAGCAGCUGCCUUCACUGCUGGUCUCCUGCUAACCCCUUCAUACUCACUUUUAGACCAGAGAUCCUUAAUCCUGCGUGUUUUCUACCAACUGAGCACUGCAUCCCUUCUUGUUUGGACUCUUCAUAAAGGAUUACAAUCACUGUUGGAUGAACGUGAAGUAUGUGGAGUUGCUGAGCCUGCUGCUUGACUGAAUCUGUUUGCAGAACUUACUUGCAAUUGCCUGGGUAUUUGGGGCCGCUGCCAAAAUCUCCUGUUGGAAGUGAAAUUUUAUGCCAUAGAGGUUUACCUUCUACCCUCCAAAACAAACACAUAGCCUUCAUUACAAACUGGCAAUGAAGGCAGAGCUCAUUCUUGAUGAAAUAGAAUUUCUGUUCAAUAAACAAAUCCUGGAAAAAAAAAGUGGCAAGUAUUAUAAAAAGAGACCCCUUAUAGAUUAGUAGAAGCGCGGCAGCACUUGGAUCUGUUUUUGUUCUUUGCUUUCCCUGACAAGAUGGAAAAAACCUCUUCUAGAAGAAGUACGGCUGGCAAAAAAGAAGUGGCCAAAGGAACUGAAAAGAAGGGGCCGUCAAACGAGCCGCCACCUAUUGUAGAAACCAAGGAUCAUAAUCUUAUCAUAAAAACUGAUAUGUCCUCCUCGUUCUCCUCUUUCUAUCCUGCUGAUCCAGAUGGCUUUUCUACGACACUGUCACACUUUUGUAGGAAGUGCGGAAAAGGCUUUGCUCGGCUGUGGGAUCUGCGCUACCACAUGCGCUCCCAUCAGGAGGGCCGUGGCUUCGUCUGUAGAACCUGUGGAAAGGCCUUCUUUCAGUCCUCGUCACUGCUGCGUCAUGAGGUCAGCCACACUGGGGAGAAGCCUUUCAAGUGUGCAGAGUGUGGCAAGAGCUUUGCCCAUUCCGUACAACUGGAGAACCACCGUCGUAGCCACUCUGGUGAGCGCCCCUUCAUUUGCCUGACCUGCGGCAAAGGCUUUAUGUCCUCUUCCCACCUGUCCCAGCACAAGCGCACUCACUGGCCGGCAGAGUCCCGGCAUGCCUGCCCACUGUGUGGCAAGACCUUCUCUCGCCCCUGGAACGUACUGCAGCAUCUGCGUUUUCACACUGGGGAGCGGAACUUCCAUUGUGAAGACUGUGGGAAGAACUUUUUCCGCUCUUCUGAUUUGCUACGCCACCAGCGCAUCCACACAGGGGAGAAACCUUUCCGUUGUGAAGUGUGCAACAAAAACUUUUCGCGUUCCUCUGUUCUGGCCAAACACGCCCGAAUUCACACCGGUGAGCGUCCCUUCAAGUGUGAAGUCUGCUCCAAGGCUUUUAUUACAUCUUCACAGCUGGUAGAGCAUCGCCGUGUCCACACAGGGGAGACGCCUUAUCUCUGCUCCGACUGCGGGAAGACCUUCAAAUUCUCAUUCCUGCUUAAACGUCACAUGCGCACGCACUCUGGGGAGAGGCCAUACUCAUGUGCAGACUGUGCCAAGGCCUUCAAGACUUCUGGCCACCUUCACAAACAUCAGCUCAUUCAUGCCCGUGAAGGUCGUUACCGCUGCCACUUCUGCCAGCAGCUUUUUCCCAACCGAAUGAAAUUGGACCGGCAUACCCGCUUUGAGCACGGCCCUGAUGGAGAUGGUGGCAGUGGGUUGCUUUUAGAAAGUAGCCCAGCUGUGAUGGACCCAGAGUCUGAUGCUGCAGGAGAGGCCGAAGGGCAUAGCCUACGAAAGAUGGUGCAAGUGAAAGACGAUGAUGAAGAUGAUGACGACGACGAUGAUCUGGACAUCGAAGAAGUUGAUGAUGAGAUGGAGGAAGAGGAAGAAGAGGAGGUGAUUGAUGAGGAGGAGAUGAUAGAUGAUGACGACGAUGAUGAGGAGGAAGUGAUAGACGAUGAUGAUGAGGAAGAAGAAAAUGAUGAAUAAGCGAUGCUGAGGUCUGCUCCAGCUGCUUCAUAUUCUUUUUUUCAUUCCAACCAAACUCCCUUUUUGUAGAUAAGUAAAGAUUAGUGGGGAUGGGGAUUUUGGUCCAUACCGGUUAGCAGGCAAAGCUUGCAACUUUCUUGAUCUGAUUAUCUAAACCUACUUCAUAGUAAGCCUUUCAGUUUCUGCUAAAGUCCACGCUGUUGUGCCUGAUAGUCAGGAGACCGAAGUUAAAUACAGACUUUCUGUUAAUCUAAAAUUGAAGUUGUUCGUUUGAGUAAAUUUAACACUGGGCUUAACAGCACUGCGUCUGAGGUGUGCUUUCUGAAUAGCUUAACCAUCUCUUAAUAUACGGUAUCGUGUCACAUUGCAGGAAGCUUCUGGGAAGUGUGGGUUUAGGGUCGCAGUAAUGCGGCCGGCCUUAAUGGGCACAUUAACUUGUCUGUUGGGAGUAAGAAAACAAAAGCAUGUUAGAUUAGCCUUACAGAUUUUCCUGGGGGCUCUGGAAUAAAGAGCCAUGUUUCUGUGGAAAGCUCUUGUGUUUACUGGUUUGUGUACAACCCCUUGGCCAUGAAAGGCUUUGAACUGUGGCUGAUGAACAGAAGCACAAGAUUAUGGGUUUGAGCAUCAGAAAUAUGGAGCGCUUCUGCUUUCUUUACCUGUUAGUAUCAUUUGUUCAGCAUCCCCCAGUUUGUGUUUUGUGCACCGUAUUAAGAUUGUUACUGCAUCCUCCAAGAUUCGAGGGUUGGGUGCACCCAGAGUUUGUCUGAGGAGUUCAGUUUUAUCGGCUCCUUUGAGAAUUUUAAUGAGAGGCCUGGUCUACACCUCUGUGACCCUCCUUAGAAAUGAAUGAAUGGUGGACAGAACUCAUGCAAACGCUACAAUAUACAAGCACUCUGCAUGUGAGAUUAAGCGCUAAUUACAAUUAAGACACUCAAAUUAUCUGAGCCACGUUCCUUUUUUUUAUUUAGUGCUUUUACACCACAUUUCCUUCAACUUUCCAGAACAGAUCUGUAGUUUUUAUGCGCCCCAGAUAAUAUCACCCCUAUAAUGUACUGCUGGAAUAAGUUUACCUUCCUUACUGAGGUCAUCCCGUUUUAGACUGGAAAAGCACACAUGGUACAAAUCAGUGUAAAGAAAAGUAAAAUGAAAGACAUGUCAGAUUAAAACAAAAAAAUCUGAAUGAUGUAAUGACGACUCCCCUGGCACAAGUACUGCUUUUAAUAUAAUCGGCCUAACAAGCCUUAGGCAGGGGACUGCCAACAUCACUGCUUCACUGUCAUUGUUGUACUUGCAACUUAGCUCUUUGUUUUUGCUUUAGUAUACUUGUGUUCUCAAUUAUAUUUUAAUUAAAUCUGUUAAUAAAAAAGCUGCAAGUAUAGAGGAAGAUACAAUGACAAUAUGAGAGUCCACUGCUGUUUUUUGAAUUUUUUGUUGCUAUACUGUUUAUCAGCACUACACGACUCUGUUAGGCCUGGUCUCACAUCGCCGAUAACACUGGGUAACAAAAUGUAACCUUUUUAUUUGUUUGGUUCCAUGAAUCAAUAUUGGUGAAUCUUACAGUAUUUUCUGUGCUGAAUUCAAGUAUCCUUUUAGGAUUUUCUCUUUUAAACUUAAUGUACAGUAUAUUUUCACUAUAUAGGUGAAAAUGUACAAUUUUCUGGUGUGCUUGGCCUCAGUAAAAUCCCUGGUACAUAGUGGUGCUGCAUUUGCCAUAAAUGUCCUAAUGAAAAAGGGAAAAACUCAAAUUAAGAAUCCAAGAAAUUAAUUUAUAAAGACAUGUCGCAUCCCAUGCUGUCAUCCACGGUUUCUUGGUCGUUGUCUGCCUUUAGGAUUCCCCCUGCAGACACUCUUAAAGGAUUACCAUGCAGCGUUUUCGGUUUGGUUUCAACUGGUCAUCAAAAUUUUCCCCUUGACUCAGUUCUGUAUUUCUUAGGAUCCUAGGAUUUUUUUUUCCUUGCAUCUGUGAAUCCGAGUCCAUUUUGAUCCAUUUCCUUAGUUUUUAAGUCCAAGCUUAAUAUGGAAAGAUAAUAAAAUGUUUGCAAGUGGUAAUAAAAACAUUUGUUUAAUCAUGUAAAUUUAAUGUUUAAAAACUUGUACACCUUAAUAAGGGUUUAUAUACAGAAUAUGCAGCCUAAAAAUAACUAUGGGGGAUAUAAUAAUUCCAAAUACAUUUCUGAAAUUAGCAUGAAAAACAAUCUAAAACUGUUCUGCGGCAAAAUGUUUGUUGACCAGUGUAAUCAAUUGAAGUGUUUCAGUACAAAUUCUAAAUGUAAAAUUGAAAAUGCACGUAGCGCCUUCUCUGAUGAAUGGUCUUUGUGCAGGCCACAAGUCAGGCGUGUUUUAAAAGGCACUGCCCUGGUCUUAGAAACUAGAAUUCGAAACAUGCAGUUCUUAAACCAUCAGAGCUGGGGGGUUAUUGGGGGGCUUUGGACACAAGGCAAGACACGCAUGCACACACUCAAUUCAAUCUGGUGCACUGAGCCAACAUGUCAAUAUCUAAAUAGUAAAGGCAAACUCCUCUUAGUCUCCGACUGACUGAAGUAAUUCAUAAGUUAAGGAAAUUUCCGGAAGGUUAUACAUGGCAGCAUUGUGUGUUGGCACAAAUUAAAUUGACUUAACUAUAUAAACACAGACAUAAGUUGCAAGGGCGAGCUGUUGGAAGUAUUGCCCAGUUAAAUUCUGAAAUAUUUGCUUUUGUGAAAACGAGUGAUUUUAUUUCUCUUUGUUCUAUUUAUUUCUAAAACUGAAGGGAAUGAAAGUGCUUGUUCUCAAAAUUGUAUAAGAAGUAAGUCAGUCAUUUUCUAACCCACUUAGUCCUGUACUGGGUCACUGGGGGCCAUCUGAAGCCUAUCCCAGCUAGUAUAGGACACAAGGAAGGAACAAACCCUGGACAGGGUGCCUGCUAAUCACACACA